CGCUUAUACCCUUUGUUUCCUCCACUCCUUCGUCUGUUUGCCCUGAGCAAUCCAGCUUUCCCCCUUCAUCUUCGCCUUUUUCCUUUGAAGCAUCAUGACUUUCGACCGCCCACAUAGAAGAUGGCACAUAUCGUUGUUGCUAUUUCUCCUUGGUUUCAUCGGCGUUAUUGCGUUCCUCAACUACCGGUCAUCACUUUUGGAGGGUACAUACAUCACUCAUGUCAGUAACAAAGACCUCACAGACACCGUCUCAGAUAUCGACCACCAUCCUGUACCCAUUCAAGAAGCUCCUAUUGUGCAAGACUGUCCUCACGUCACCAAUGAAGACACAGAUAAAUUAGAAAAAGAACUUGACAGUGCCGCCAGUUAUUUCAAGGAUGAGAUGUACGGUAAAUUGGUUUACAAAGAGCGUGUUUACGACCCACCUGCUCAAGAAGUUAUCGAUGCUAUCGAACGCAACUUCAUCGAAGUAGCUGAACGAACUCUGUUGAUUGCUGUAGUCAACCACGGAAUGCUCGAAUACACUCUCAACUGGAUAGAAUCUCUCAAACGCACGGAAAUUACCAAUUUCCUUGUGUUUGCUAUUGAUCAAGAGCUCGUGGAUGCCUUGACCAACAUAGGACUGGGUAGCAACGUUGUUCUUAUUCCUGAAGAAUGGCGACAUGUCCAGCUUUCUGGUGACUUUGCUGCUUGGAAAACAAACAGCUACACUCCUAUCACCCAUGCCAAAUCCCUUAUUGUUGAGCGAUUGCUGUACCUUGAUGUCACUGUCUGGUUUUCGGAUGUGGAUAUCGUCUUUGUCAACCCCAACAUCUACACUCAUCUUAUGUGGAAUUUGAAGAGCCGCAAAAACUUGCAUAUGGUUUUCAGCCAAGAAACGCAAUACACCUCCAUCAACAGUGGCUUUUACUUGAUGCGUCCGACAGAUGUCAGCAAACGGGUUAUGGGGCGUACCAUCGAUAUUCAGGAUCGUAUUCCCGCUUUGACGCAACAACGUGUUAUGAAUCGAGUCCUAGCCGGCAUGGACCAGCAGUACAAAACGUCGCCCAUGCUUCUUCUUGACUUGAUGCUCUUUCCUAACGGCCACUUCUAUUUUGGUUCCAAAUUACCCAUUUCCCUUGGGUUUGAGCCAAUGAUGGUUCACGCUAACUACAGAGUUGGCGAUGCCAAGAAAGCUGCAUUGCAAGACGUCGGCCUCUGGUAUCUUGAUAACUAGGUCUAUCCGGUUUGCUACGAUGUACUGGACCCGCAAAUAAUGAAUUGCGUACAGGCCAACCCCGACCCCAUUCGAUUCCUUCUGUAUAAUAAGCCUUAACUUCCUGCCUCUUCUACAAUGGGCACAUAAUAUAAAUCGCAGUAUACACCAUCGCGGUAAUACAACGUGAGCUGUAUCGUUUAAUGUCAUAA